AUGCCGCCUUUGAUUAACCGAGAUAUGACGUACUAUCCGAGAUUUCAAAACACUCAAGUGAAGGUCCUCGAUUGUGAUACUUUGGACGCAGCUAUUCUCAUACAAAAUGCACACGAACUCCUUAGAAACACCGACACCGGGCCCGUCUUUGUCUUGAGUUUUGCCAACGCCACUGUACUUGGAGGAGGCUGGAUGAAUGGAUCCCGAGCCCAGGAAGAACAGAUAUGCUACCGUACCACGCUGAUAGAAACACUGCUGCCGCAUAACGAGACCAGGGGGUAUGCUUAUAUGUGGUGCAAGAGGGCUCAUCGUCUGCCCCAGAUUGCAGUUUGUAGCAUGGCUGCAACCACGAGGCCACCUAUCGAUAAACUCUUGACCCCUCCCAAAUAUAAGAAUGUCCGACAGAAUUGA